GAGCGCACGGCAUAAAGAUGGCGGAGCGACAGGACGCGCUGAGGGAGUUCGUGGCGGUGACGGGCGCUGAGGAGGACCGGGCCCGCUUCUACCUGGAGUCGGCCGGCUGGGACCUGCAGAUCGCCCUGGCGAGCUUUUAUGAGGACGGAGGGGAUGAAGACAUUGUGACCAUUUCACAGGCAACCCCCAGUUCAGUGUCCAGAGGCACAGCACCCAGUGAUAACCGAGUGACAUCCUUCAGAGACCUUAUUCAUGACCAAGAUGAGGAAGAGGAAGAAGAGGAAGGCCAGAGGAGCAGGUUUUAUGCUGGGGGCUCAGAAAGAAGUGGACAGCAGAUUGUUGGACCUCCCAGGAAGAAAAGUCCCAACGAGCUGGUGGAUGAUCUCUUUAAAGGUGCCAAGGAGCAUGGAGCCGUGGCUGUGGAGCGAGUGACCAAGAGCCCCGGAGAGAGCAGUAAACCGAGACCAUUUGCAGGGGGUGGCUACCGCCUUGGGGCAGCACCUGAGGAAGAGUCUGCAUAUGUGGCAGGAGAAAGGAGGCGGCACUCGGGUCAAGACGUCCACGUGGUGUUGAAGCUCUGGAAGAGCGGAUUCAGCCUGGACAAUGGUGAGCUCCGAAGCUACCAGGACCCCGCCAAUGCCCAGUUUCUGGAGUCGAUCCGCAGAGGAGAGGUGCCAGGCGAGCUGCGGAGGUUAGCGCACGGCGGGCAGGUGAACUUGGACAUGGAGGACCAUCGGGAUGAGGACUUUGUGAAGCCAAAGGGAGCCUUCAAAGCCUUCACUGGCGAGGGUCAGAAACUGGGCAGCACCGCCCCCCAGGUCUUGCACACCAGCUCUCCGGCCCAGCAGGCGGAAAAUGAAGCCAGAGCCAGCUCGUCCGUCCCCAUUGACGAGGCAGAGCCCACCACCAACAUCCAGAUCCGCCUGGCCGACGGUGGGCGGCUGGUUCAGAAGUUUAACCACAGCCACAGGAUCAGUGACAUCCGGCUCUUCAUCGUGGACGCCCGGCCGGCCAUGGCUGCCACCAGCUUCGUGCUCAUGACCACCUUUCCAAACAAAGAGCUGGCUGACGAGAGCCAGACCCUGCGGGAAGCCAACCUGCUCAACGCUGUCAUCGUGCAGCGGCUCACCUAACCGCCCGCCUGCCCUGUGCCCCAGCAGUCCUGUGCCAUGUCCCUCCGUAGCCGCCCGGGGUCUUAGAUCUCCCUUGUUGGACAUUUGUUUUCUCCUUGGUUGCAUUUUCUGGGUUUUUGUGACGAUCAGUGGACUUUAAA